AUGGCACAAAAUAAUGUUGGUGGUUUAUCAUUGAGACGAAGUAAUCGAAGUAGUGGAGUCGAACAUGAAGUUGUGUGUGGUGGUGGUGGUGGUGGUGGGGGUGGUUCGAUGACAGUUGGAAGAUUCGGUGAUGCCGAAUGGGAAGCAAAAGAAGCUCUCAGGCAAAGAGAAUUGGAAGAAGCUCGAGCUCGAGCUGCUCAAAUGGAAAAAACUAUGAGAUGGUGGUCAGAUUGUACGGCUAACUGGCGUGAAAAAUGGAGCAAAGUCAGAAACGAAAGGAAUAAAGCUCGGGAAGAAAUUAAAAUACUCAGGAGUAGAUUAGAUUUGACGAUGAAAGAAACGAGUUCGUUUAAAAAAGAAAAAAUAGAAUUGGAAAGUCAAAACGAAGAGCUUAAAAAAGAAAUGGAAAGGAUACAUUUGUUGUUGAUCAAACACGCCGGUCAGUGGGAUCAGAAAAUAUUACAAGCAUUGGAAAUAUCAACGGAUUCGGAAUUUUUAAAAUCGGGAUGCGAUCCAGGAGACGACAUUUAUUCUUUUGAUGCGUUCAAAUCGAGUUUGGAUAUUGGAAAAGGUGAAAAAUGUCGGUCUGUUGUCAGCAAUGAGUCGAAAGAAAAAUUAAAUUCCGAAGAAUAUGAUAUAAAUAAAGAGGAAAUGGGUGAAACUUCAAAUUCUUCUUGCGAUGCUCCUCAUUUUUCACCCGAGGCGGAAAUGAAUUUACAACAAUUCGAUGAUGAAACGGCACUGCAGAAAUUAUCCAUGUUUCAACUCCGAUUGGAUGAAGCAACGAAAACGAUUCAAGCGGAAAGAGACGAGAAAAUAAAUUUGCAUAAAACAAUUGAAAAAUUACAAACGGAAUUACAAGAAUGGAAGGAAAAAUGCGAAGAUUUAAAAUUGGCCAAACAGGAAACGGUGAGAGAAUUGCUUACCCUUCAAGAUCAGCACAGGGACACGAUUCAACAGAUUCAAUCGGAUUUACAAGAUGAAACGAGCAGCAGAGAAAGCAUAGAUAGAAGAAUGGCGGAUUUAAGAGCAGAAUUGGAAAGGCUUCAAGCGGAAAACGCAUCGGAAUGGGGCAAGAGAGAAAGGUUGGAAACGGAAAAAUUAAGUUUGGAAAGAGACAAUAAAAAAUUACGAGCCGAAGUGAGAGAUUUACAAGAAAGGUUGGAACGUAAAGUUCAUCCGCAAGCAUCGGCCGACACGGAGUUAAGAUCUCUUCAGCAAGAGCUGUCGGAGAGGAAUAAAGAAUUGUCGGAUUUGAAACAUUCGCAUGGUAAAUUGAAAAAAGUGCUGCAAGACAAAAUGACGGAAUCCGCGCACGCCCUACGUAGAGCCGAACAAUACGAAACGGAAGUCAAAAGGCUGAGGGUGAGAGUGGAAGAAUUGAAAAGAGAAUUGGCCAUGGCGGAAGAUGACGUUGACAGUGCGAGUAACAACAUAAGAAAGUUGCAAAGAACAAAUGACGAAUUACAAGAACAGGUUGAAAGUUUACAAGUUCAAUUGGAACAUCUUUACAGCAGAUUGAGAAACAACAGUUCGGCAACUUUACUUUCUCAUAGAAAACAAUCGCCUUUGUUAAAAGGAGAAGAAGUCGGUUUAACCGAUGAAGAAGAAGAAGAUAUUCAGGAAUAUUAA